UUGCCUGCUUGGAGUCCGUUCCUGAAUCCCAUUGAAGAGCUUUUUUCAAAAUUGAAAUACCACGUCAAAAGAGAAUAUCUGGAUGAUACAAGAACCCUCCUAGAAAAAAUGGAAGAAGGCUUAAGGAAUAUUAGUGCUUCCGACUGCCAAGGCUGGGUAUCUCACUCAAUGUCCUAUUUUCCUAGAUGUCUUGCAAAG